CCUCAUAGCUCUAUUAUUAGAUCUCUGAUCUCAAAUCUUCUCUCUAUCGCAGUAAUGGCUUCUUCUUCUUAUUCUUUAUCUCUUUCAUUUACUUCAUCUUCUUUGUUACCAACCUGGGAACACGAUGUCUUUACGAGCUUCCAUGGGAAAGAUGUACGAAAAUCCUUUCUCAGCCACGUUCUCAAGGAAUUCAAAAAGAAAGCAAUCAAGUUUUUUCUUGAUAACGAGAUGGAGAGAGGCAAGUUCAUUGGUCCUGAACUCAAACAGGCGAUCAGAGGAUCUAAGAUUGCUGUUGUCUUGCUCUCCAAGAAUUAUGCUUCUUCGUCGUGGUGUCUUGACGAAUUGGUGAAGAUUAUGAAGUACAAAAAAAAGUUGGGUCAAACGGUGAUUACCAUUUUCUAUGAAGUAGAUCCAACUGAUGUAAAGAAGCAGAAGGGAGAUUUUGGGAAGGCCUUCAAAGAAACUUGUCAAGGUAAAACUGAGGAGAAGAUUCAGACAUGGACCAAAGCUUUAAAGGAUGUGGCCACAAUCGCAGGUUACCAUUCAAACAACUGGAAUGAUGAAGCAACCAUGAUUGAAAAUAUUGCUACUGAUAUUUCGAAAAUGCUUAACCAUUUGACACCAUCACGUGAUUUUGACCAUUUAAUUGGGAUGGGAGCACAUAAGGAAAGGAUGAAUGGGUAUUUGCGUCUAGAUUUGCAUGAAGUGAGGAUGAUUGGGAUUUGGGGUCCGGCCGGGAUUGGGAAGACCACCAUCGCGAGGUUUCUGUUUAACCAACUCUCUGGCAGUUUCCAAAAUAGCGCAUUCAUGGUGAAUAUCAGAGUAAACUAUCCAAGACCAUGUCUUGAUGAGUACAGUGCAAAAUUGAAACUACAAGGAGAAAUGUUGUCUCAGAUGAUAUACCAGAAAGAUAUCGUGAUUUCUCAUUUAGGAGUUGCAGAACAACGGUUAAGACACAUUACAGGGCUUCUCGUUCUCGAUGAUGUUGAUCGGUUAGCACAACUAGAAGCCUUGGCAAAAAAUGUUGAGUGGUUUGGUCCUAGAAGUCGGAUUAUCAUCACAACAGAAGAUCUAAGACUUUUGAAGGCACACGGGAUCGAGCAUAUAUACAAGGUGGAUUUUCCAUCAAAUGAUGAGGCUCUUCAAAUGUUCUGCAUGUAUGCUUUUAACCAAAAAACCCCUGAAGAUGGUUUCGAUGCACUUGCUCGUAAAAUUACAUAUCUUGUCGGUGAACUUCCUUUAGGACUAAAGGUUAUUGGAUCCCACUUUCGAGGAUUGUCCAAGGAGGAGUGGCCAAUGGAAGUAUCAAAGUUAAGAACUAACCUUAAUGGGGAUAUUAUGAGCAUUUUGAAGUUCAGUUAUGAUGCUUUAUGUGCUGAAGAUCAAGAUUUAUUCCUUCAUAUAGCUUGCUUUUUCAACGAUAGAGAUAUAGAGAUAGUGAAAACAUAUCUUGCGGAAAAAUUCAAGUAUUUGAGUCAAAGGCUUUACAGUUUAGAGAUGAAAUCCCUCAUAUCUAUUGUCGAUUCUUGGUCAGGCGAGUUUGGAGAAGAAUAUAAUGCGUAUAUAAAUAUGCAUAAUUUGCUUGUCCAACUAGGUAAGGAAAUCGUUUGUAAACAAUCUGCCACUGAACGUCAGAUUUUUUUUAGCGUUGAGGAUAGUUGUGAAGUAUAUACAACGAAAGCCUUUGAAGAAAUGUAUAAUCUCCAGUACUUAAACGUCAACAACAAUCAUCUAGACGUUAUUUCUUCUCCUGGAUCUGAUCUGAACUUUGUAUCUCCAAAGCUACGAUUACUUUAUUGGUCGGAUUUCCCGAUGACAUGUUUGCAUUUUACACAUAACCUGGAGUUCCUUGUUGAGAUAAGGAUGAUAGGCAGCAAGCUUGAAAAGCUGUGGGACGAAACUAAACUGCUUCCAAAUCUCAAGCUGAUGGAUUUGUCCUCUUCCAAAAACCUGAAGGAGCUCUCUCCCUCUAUUGGAAAUGCAACUAAUCUCAAGAACUUAUCUCUUAUUGGUUGUUCAAGUCUGGUAAAGCUCCCUCCCUCUAUUGGAAAUGCAACUAACCUCGAGAAGUUAAAUCUCUGUAACUGUUCAAGUCUGGUAAAGCUCCCUCCCUCUAUUGGGAAUGCAACUAAUCUCCAUAAUUUAGAUCUUAGUGGCUGUUCAAGUCUGGUGGAGCUCUCUCCCUCUAUUGGGAAUGCAACUAAUCUCGAAGAGUUAAAUCUCAGUAAAUGUUCAAGUCUGGUGGAGCUCCCUCCCUCUAUUGGGAAUGCAACUAAUCUCUUCGAAUUAAAUCUUCGUGGGUGUUCAAGUCUACUGGAGCUCCCUUCCUCUAUUGGGAAUUUAACUAGACUCUGGUACUUAUAUCUCGAUGGAUGUAUAAGUCUGGUGGAGCUCCCUUCCUCUAUUGGAAAUUUAACUAAUCUCCAUGGCCUAGACCUUAGAGGAUGUUUAAGUCUGGUGGAGCUCCCUUCCUCAAUUUGGAAUGCAACUCAACUCGAUAGUUUAGAUAUCCAUGGUUGUUCAGGUCUGUUGGAACUCCCUCCCAUUACUAUGGAUCAUCCUCGUUUGAACUUCUUAUUUCUUAGUGGAUGCUCAAGUGUGGUGGAACUCCCUUCCUCUAUUGACAAUUUAAUUGAUAGGAUAGACUCAUUAUAUCUUGAUGGAUGGACGAGUCUGGUGGAGCUUCCUUCGUCUAUUGGGAAUGUAACUCGUCUCACAACCUUAUAUCUUCAAAAUUGUUCAAGUCUAGUGGAGCUCCCUUCCUCUAUUAGAAAUUUAACUAAUCUGAAAAGAUUACAUCUGGAUGGAUGCUCAAGUCUAGUAUCACUCCCAAAGCUUCCAGAUUCCCUAAGGUUCCUAAAAGCAGAAAAUUGUGAGUCCCUAGAGAAACUAGAUUGCUCAUUUUGCAAUCCAAGUAUUUGGCUCAACUUCGUUAACUGCUUCAAACUAAAUCAAGAAGCAAGAGAUCUCCUCAUCGAGACAUCAACUGAUAAAUUGGUGAUCUUACCCGGUAAAGAAGUGCCUGCGUGCUUCACUCACAGAGGUUACGGGAGUUCCGUAACAGUGAAGUUGAAUCAAAAGCCUCUUCGUACAUCAACCAAAUUUAAGGCUUGAAUCUUGUUUGAAAUUGAAAAUGAAGGUUGGCAUGCUCAUUGGCACACAAUUUGUGUGUAUACCAAGAAGAAUAAGGCUGGUAUUCAGGAACGAGGGUCGGUGUCUUGUUGCAUCAGUUCCAAACUGACUAAACAUUCUGAAUGGUGUCCAAUUUCAGUGGAUCAUUUAUACAUUUUCGAAGUUGAAGUAGGGGAUCAGGUGCCUUCCACCGAGCUUGUUUUUGAUUUCUGUUACACUGCCAGACACAGUGACAAAACUAACGGAAUAAAAGAAUGUGGGAUAAUCCAGCUCUUGGAGCAUCAUGUUAAUGGCGACGAAGAGAUGUGUGAAAAGAGAUCUGAAAAAAUGACUGGAUGAUCAUGUUGAGAAGCUUCAAAUAUGGAGACAUCGAUCGAGAUCUGAGACAAAACCACUGAAACUCAAGUCAGACAGAGAGAAGCUAGCCGCGCGCACGAGACAAUUUCAAGGUCAGUUUGCGUUUUUUUCAAUACUCAACAACUUACUUGGCCGUGUUUUGAAGCCAAAGAGCAAUAGUCAUGGUAACAAAGAGAAGAGAAGAUCAAGGAACGUAAGAAGAAGAGUCUUGAUGGUGAUGUUGAUGCCAUCCAUGAAGAUCUAAUUUUUCCUACCUAAGAGAAACAGGAACAAUGAAGCAGACCUGAUGGAUAAGAAGUUGCUAUAGAUAUUUCAAAUGUCUUAAAUCGAGGAAAUGUAUUGGAGAAUCAACCUGGGAUGCUGAGGAGAUCUGCGAGACAAUUCAGUUACAGCUCCUUGUGACAGCGUUUUGUUUGCACCACAAAGAUAAUACAACAAACGGUCGGUUUGCAUUUACAAGCCAAGAAUCAGAAACCUACUUGCCGUGUUACGUCCGAAGUCAUGGUAACAAAGAUAUUAGCAUCAACCUUGACUGAAAAAUGUAGCAGUUAAUUAAGUUUUUUUUAAAAUGAGGAUUGUGAGUGAAAAUACAUACUCGCGAGUCGCAUGGUAGUAUGGUACACAGUAUAAUGUAGCUGGGGAUUUGCAUUGCCGUUUGCAGAUCGCUUCUGAAAUGGAUUGCUCUUCGAGUCAAUGUCACUCCAAAUAUGCAUGCAUUGUGGUAUCAAGAUUUUGUACUUGAAACAAUACUUUGAAAGGAAGAAGGCUUAUUUAGAUAAGAGUGAUCCAUCCAUGGUAGUGUUUCGUCAAGAAUACUACAACUUAGUGUAAAAACUUUUGUUCUCAUUAUUUUAACUUGUAAUUUGUCUCCUAUAUACAAAAAAAAAGUGUGACCUUUACAUUGUCUUUGACUAUAAUUAAAUCGAAUUAAAUU